CAUCGGCGACCACUUCGCUAGUUUACUGCAGCGUGGGGAGUGGAUCUCCGGCGAGCACGAGACGAGCUCCGAUGGCGAGCGGAGGCGGAUACGCCUGGGCCCUCGCGGCGGGCCUCAACGCCGCGCUCGCCGCCAUCUCCGCCAAGUUCUUCGCUCCCAUGUUGCUCAAAUACGGCAUGGUGAUACUUUUCAACGUGACAAUGUGGGGGUGCUACGUGAACAGCCUCAAAGCUUUGUCCUCCCUCCAGGCAACAGUCACCAACUUCGCUGCCAACUUCAUCUCGUCGGGUCUUGCAGGGUAUUUCCUGUUUCAGGAGCCUCUGCCUUCCAAGUGGUUUGCAGGUGCCAGUGUGAUCAUUCUUGGUGUGUUCAUCCUCAGCAAAUCAAGCAUUGAGGAGAAAGUGAACUCUGAUUGAUUGGGAGUUGCUAGCCGUCUGAUAGCUGGGACAUAAAUUUUGCGAGCUUAUACCUCUAUUUCCAGUGCGUGUUUGCUCGUCCUGAUACAAUGUUAAACAUCCGAAAUUAAUGUGUACAUUUGGUCUCAGCUCAUCCACUAACAUGUACACUAGUAUGGUUUGAGAUACACGACCCAGUUUGUAAUUUGUACUCCAUCCGUCCGAAAAAACUUGUCCCUCAAAUGGAUGUAUGUAGCACCAAGUUAGUGCUAGAUACAUCCAUUCGAGGGACAAGCUUGGGACAAGUUUUAUCGGACGGAGGGAGUAAGUAAGAAGUGAGCACAUGAUCUAAGAGUUGCUUGCUUUCGUUUCACGGAUAGGGCAUUCAAACUGUUUUAGCAUUAUCAAUGGAUCUUUUUUGUUCUUUGCAUUUCUCCUGUUGUAAAUUUUUGACAUUGCAGUUAAGUUGAUCACUAGCUA